CGGUCCUGGCUUUUUGCGCCUUUACCCUUUUGGCAUCUUUUCCCCCAUCGAAUCUCAUUUGGUUUCCCCAAUCUCCCAUAACAGAAAACGUCACUGGCAUGCUGGGCAAUCUCCAAACGGAAAACUAGUCGAAAUAGACGAAGAAAAAGACAGAAGGAAAGGAAUAGAGCACAGCAGGACUCGUCACCGCCGAAAAGGGAUCAUGCUGAAGGCCGUCCACGCAAACCUUCAAUCCUCCUCACCUCUUUUCGCCCGCCUUUGAUCUCCAAACAAUCGUUUGUUGUUGAACCUCGAGAUCCUUGGUGGUGCAGCGGCAAAACACAGCAACAGUCACUACCACACAAUGGAGCGCCCCCACCGUCCUCCGCCGCUCACGAUCCCCCCGCCGCCCCGAAGCCGGACCCGAGUCCGGAGACCUCGCCGGCCCAACGCACAACAAGCGCGACAGUUCAAGCGAUGGCUUCUCCGCGCGCAAAUCGCCAAUGACGUAGCGCACGUUGCUGCUGCCUCGAUACUCUUAUGGAUCAUGUCGUGGUUCCUCUACAACGUCUCGUUUCCUCUCACAUAUCAUACCGGUCCCGCCGCCGUAGCCCUAAUCGCAAUCCUCUCCACAGACAUCCUCCUCGACGCCCGCUCAAUAGUCCACGCCCACGACCCCUGGCCAGGCUGGACCCUUCUCCUCCGCCUCCUCCUCGGCGCCUCCCUCAUCGCAAUUUUCUGGGUCUACAUUGCUCUCGGCGACGUCUUUGCGCGUGGCUUCACGUACUGGGGUAUGCCCGACACCUACGGCCGCGUGCUGGCGUACAUGUUCCUCUGGGGCAUCGGGCUCUGGGAUUUGUUGUUUGUGGUGCUGUGUCGGCAUUGGUUGGGUAAAGAGGUCAAGAGGUACGGGACGAAGGCGAGAAGGGUGUUUGGGGACGGGAAUGGGAGGAGGGGAGGGAUGGGGAGGAUGUCGCCUGGUGGGAGCGCGUUGAGGCUGGGUAGUGCGGGUGGAGAGGCGCCUGGGCGGAUUGGGGUUGUUGAUGUCGAGGCUGCGAGGCCUGUUGAUGAGGAUGGCGGCGGUGGUGUUGGUGCUGGGGGGAGGGUCGGGUUACCAGUAAGGAUGGGUGUGAGGAGAGUCAAGAACAGCGUGAGCGCGAGCGUCAACUCGGUGGCCAGCGGAACGGGGCCUGGGAAUGGGAUGGGAAACGAGGAUUCAUCGCCGCCUCCGCCUGCGUUUAUGAGGCCUGCAUGACGUUUGUGUUGGGAGUAUGAGGUUUGGAAAGCGAGAUAUCUGGCAUAGCAUAGUUACAGUCACACAAAAACAAGCCUACAUUAGUUAAUGAUAAUCAAUAUCAAAUG